AUUAUGCAUCUGUCAUGCUGUUUAUAAAAAAAAUUCCAAUAGUCUGUAAGUCUUUGAAGUUGUCUACAGAUAAUAAUGCAUAACUUAAGUUUUUCAAAUUAUACAAAAAGUCCAUAUAUUGAAAAAGCAUUCUGAAACCAAUCAUGUAAUUAUAAAACUAAGUGAAAAUGGUGUGUCAAAGCACAAGACCUAGCUUGCUAUGAAACUUUCCAGCAACACCUGUCUGAAAAACAGGUGAAAAAUAUUGUCUGAUAGAAUCAUUGAUAGUCAAGAGUAUUGGGAUCAAUUUAAAAAUAACAUUUACAGCACAUGUGCUGAAACCAUAGAAUAUUGCACUUAUCAGCACUAAGACACGUUUGAAAAAAAUGAGAAAAUCCUAGCAUUAAUUCAAUACAGAAGAAAUGUAUUGUCACUGGUAAAAUGAUUCCUCUAAUCAGUGAAAACAUGAGGCUUUUCAUCUGCUCAAAGCCAAAGUCCAAAGGAGACAAUGUGACAACAAAAACAAGUGGUGGCAAGAAAAGGCUUCUGAGAUGCAGGGUUUUAUAGACCUAGAUGAUAUGAGGAGACGCUUUGAAGCAACAAAAGCUAUAUAUGGGUAAAACUCCAAAGGCCCAACUACUUACAUUCGCAGGAUGGCUCCACCCUCCUCGAGGACAAUGCAGACAUCAAACCACUCAAAGGAGUACUUUGGGAUCCUACUAAACAGCUAAUCCAGUCUCUGAAGACACCAUUGAGUUCACUCCACGAUGCUCAGCAAUGAAACACCUUGCUGAGACUCCAUAUUUUGAGGAAGUCUGGCUUACCAUCACCCAGUGUCUUUACCCAAAAUAUUUCGUCAAUCAUCAUGGGAAUGAAGACUUGCAGAUAGGGCAGAAGCUUCUCUUCACUGGGAAAAGAGCAGAUCAUUUGCUGCUUUUGUACUGCUUCCCAGCUCACCAUGACCUUGAUGUUGCUGUGUGUGAGCUGCCCACUGUCAGUUCCUAGUCAUCUUCAAUUAACAGAACUAGUGUGUCUUUCUGCCUUGUCAUUUCACAAGUUUUGUGUGAAGCAGCAAUGAGUUGAAUAACGUCCAUCCUGAAUUUGGAAAUAGGCAUAUCUUGUGUGUGACCAUUUAUAAAAGGAGACUUCCUGGAUUGCAACAAUAUUUAGUCAUAAGUUCAUUUUUAAAUACUAUUACUGUCCCUGUGCAACAUAAAAAUUAGUUGUUUUUUAGUUGCUCAGUUCUAGCAAUAUCGCACACAAAUUAGAACUAACAUUUUUCAGCCAGAUUUUCUUUUACAAAAGCCCGUUCCAAAUUCUUUGAAUGGAUAACACAGGAUUUGAACUGAAUGAAGAGAGAAUACAAAGUUCCUCACAGAAAAAGGAAUGGACAAAGCAAGAAAUACCAGAAAGAAAGAGUCGCUGGUCGCUAAUGAACAUCUUUCUAAUUUGUCUCUUGGCCUGCAUAAUCUCCACCAUCGUAGGAGUGCUGAUUUUCUCCUUGGUCUUCAUUAAUAACACUAGAUUUAUGACAGAGCAAAAUCUUCAAAAACAUGAAAUAAUCUCUCCAAAACCACCAAUAAGAACGUCAGACAAAAAAAAAGUAGACGUCAAAUUCCAGUUUCUGAAUCAUCUGAGUAAAUCUAAGGUAUUUCAGUUUCCUGGGGGUGAUAUUCAGUGGGCCAGAUUUAGGUCUGAUGCAAAUGAUUAUCACAGUGAGGAGGAAAUGGAAUUUGGAACAAGCAUCAACAAUCAGAGGUCUAAGAUGACUUUUGGAACAUUACGGAUCAAGGGCAAAGGUCUCCGAGCCCCCCACUGGCAUUUUAAUGCCAAUGAACAGGGCUUUCUCCUAAAGGGUAGUGCCUGGAUUGGCAUUGUUGAUGCUGGUGGUAGCAUAGUAACCACAUACAAUGUUACAGCAGGCCAAGUGAUUUUCUUCCCUAAAAACACAUUGCAUUGGGUAAAGAAUGUGGGAGAAGAUGACUGUUUGUUCCUUUUGUUUUUCACAACACAUGAAGAACUUCAAACCUUGGAUGUUGAUGAUGUAUUUUUCUCUACACCAGAAGACAUAGCAGCAAGAUCAUUAAAGCCUCAAGAUGGAGUGCAUUUCAUUAGAACAUUCAAGAAACAAACUGAAGAUCAGGCCAUUAACCUUCCACCAAACUUAGUAGAGCUCGUUCAGAAUGCCAGCUAUGUGCAGUCUCCAGCCAACCUAGUGUGGCAAUACUUCUAUAACCUCAAAGAUUCAACAGAAUUCAAACUUCCAGGAGGAGUAAUUCAAUGGGCUCGCUAUCGCAAAAAUGGAGCUGGUCUAAAUGACAAUGAGAAAAUCUUCAGUGACUCACUGCAAAGGCAUGAAAAUACUCUUACCUUAGCAACUAUCAGGAUAUACAGCAAUGGACUACGGCAACCUCAUUUCCAUUUCAAUGCUAACGAGAUGGGCUAUGUCAUUAGUGGCUGUGGAAAGGUGGGAAUUAUUGUUUCAUCUAAAAUUACCACUGACUUUGACAUUGGCAUUGGUGAUGUUGUAUUUUUCCCCAUUGGCACACAACAUUACAUUAAGAGCACAUGUGAUGAGGAUUUGCUUAUGAUUCUAGCAUUCAGCACAGGCAACCAGCUGCAAACCCUUGAUAUGGAUGACUACUUCCAUGCCACAGCAGAUCAUAUUCUCGCCCAGCUAUUCGUCAAGAAACAACAGGAAUUUAAGAAGAUCCCAAAGUUUAGUGAGGAUCAGGCAAUUAACCUGCCAUAGCCACUAAUAUUGUCAAAGAUAAUUACAUUUCACUGCCUUUUUAAAAAAAAGUAUCUUACCUUUCUUGCUGUUUAUCUGGGAGAGCAGUUCAGAAAACAAAGUAAUCUCAUUUUAAUAUUUGUAUGUAGUUAUUUUAGUUGGUAUUUGAGACACAGUAUUGUUUAAAGUAUUUUGCAAGUAAAGGUGAGGCCUGCCCUUCAGAUUAAAUU